CUCUCCUCUUCUCCCCACCUCGCCGCCGCCGCCUCACACCUUGGGUUGGGUGAGCUCGCCUCCUCGCCGCCACCCAGGGCACCCGCCCCCUACGUACGUACAGCAUGGCGGAGGAGGGGACGCAGCAGCUGCCGUACGUGCGGGAGACGGUGCUGAAGAAGCGGAAGGUGAACGAGGACUGGGCCGUCAAGAACCGGGAGCGGAAGGCGGCCAAGAGGCAGCGCCGCCGCGACGACGGCAAGGGCGCCAUCAAGAGACCCGAGGACUUCGUCAGGGAGUUCCGCAACAAGGAGCUCGACUUCGUUCGGAUGCGGACCCGCCUCAAGGUCCGCAAGCUGCCGCCCGCCGAGAGCCUCAGCUCCAAGCUCAUCUUCGCGAUUCGCAUCCCUGGCACAACGGAUUUGCAUCCGCACAUGAGGAAGAUUUUGCGCAGGCUGCGGCUGACGCAGGUCCUGACCGGCGUGUUCCUGAAGGCCAGUGAUGCUAUUAUGAAGAGGCUGCUUGUCGUGGAACCGUUUGUUACUUAUGGGUUCCCGAAUUUGAAGAAUGUCAAGGAGCUAAUUUACAAGAAGGGUCGUGGGUUCCUCGACAAGGAGCCUUUCCCUCUUACCAGCAAUGAUCUUAUUGAGAAGGGUUUGGGUGAACAUGGCAUCAUAUGUUUGGAAGAUCUUGUGCAUGAAAUCGCAACAGUUGGUCCACACUUCAGACAAGCUUCAAGCUUCCUCAUGCCCUUCAAGCUCAAGUGUCCAGAGAGGAGGUUGCAGAUGAAGAAGAAACCCUACAAGGAUGGUGGUGACUCAGGGAAUCGUGAAGAUAAAAUCAAUGAAUUAAUUGAGAAGUUGAACUAAUGCAGAACCUGCCCCCAGUCGCUAUUCGUGUGCAAGGGAUGGAUCCAUUACAGUAUCAUUUUUGUAAUAGCCUAGCCGAUUGUACCUUUGUUUCUGAAAGAACCUGAGUGUUCAUGACCAAAUUAUGAAAUAGCAGAAUCUAUUUUCAUAC